AUGUCUCUUGCUAAAAUUCCGUUCCUUCUUGCAAACACUAUCAGUGUCUAUGCGGCGUGCACAUCUCCAAAUCCCCAGGUCCCGAGCAGCCAGCGACCAAAGAACAUUGCCACGUCCGAACAGUACUUCUCUGCGCUCAUGAAGACUACUAGCCCGAUCUACAAGUAUAUCAUGUGCUCAGGGAGUCUUAUCGAGUCGGCAGUGAUACUCGCGAGACGAUGGCCUUCGCAUCCUCUGUCCCGGGGGGUCCUGGGUCUAUUCGUGAACGGUCCGACUACCCUUGCAAACCGAAUCACCCUCUCCAGAGCAUUCCUCAUUGGGACCGCACUGGUGACCGCAAACGCGUUCAUCCGAGUCCUGUGCUACCGCGCUCUUGGGCGUCUCUUCACGUAUGAGGUCGCGAUUCGGGAUGACCACAAGCUCGUGACGAGUGGGAUGGGAGUCGCUUGCAUCAGCCAGGGAUCAUGGCUGAAGGAGUGUGAGGUUCUGGCGACGCCAGCUGGGCGUGCUGGGGUGACGUUGUACGGGGCAUUUUUCGCGUACUUCACGGUGGUCUCUUUCACACGUGCUCCGCGGGAAGACGCCUUGCUGAGAGACCAAUUUGGGUCACAGUGGGACGAGUGGGCGCAGAGAGUACCGUAUAGGCUCAUUCCCUACUUCUACUGA